GAGGGCAGGGAGGAGAUGCAGGGUGCCGUGGGGCUGCACUGCACCUGGGACAUCCCUCCACCCGCUGGCACCCAGGCCAAGUGGGUGAGGCUCAAUGUGGGGGGCACGGUCUUCCUCACCACCAGGCAGACCCUGUGCCGGGAGCAGAAAUCUUUCCUGUGUCGCUUGUGCCAGGGCGAGGAGCUGCAGUCGGACCGGGAUGAGACUGGCGCAUACCUAAUAGACCGGGACCCCACCUACUUUGGACCCAUCCUGAAUUUCCUCCGUCAUGGGAAGCUGGUCCUCAAUAAAGAUAUGGCUGAAGAGGGGGUCCUAGAAGAAGCUGAGUUCUAUAACAUUGGUCCUUUAAUCCGAAUAAUCAAGGAUCGACUGGAGGAGAAGGACUACACAGUAACUCAGGUGCCUCCUAAGCAUGUCUACCGCGUGCUACAGUGCCAGGAAGAAGAGCUCACUCAGAUGGUUUCCACUAUGUCAGACGGAUGGCGCUUUGAGCAGCUUGUGAACAUUGGCUCAUCUUAUAACUAUGGGAAUGAGGAUCAGACAGAGUUCCUGUGCGUGGUCUCCAAAGAGUUGUACAACUCCCCCAAUGGCCUGAGCUCUGAGCCCAGCCACAAAGCCAAGAGCACAGAGGAGGACCUGGAGGAGGAAGAGCAGGAGGUGGAGGAGGAGGCAGAGGCAGAAGCAGAAGCAGAGGAGAAAGCUGUUACAAGCCAGAGUGUACGGCAGCCUCUUGCCCCACAGUGA